AUGCCGCCUGCAAAAAGAGUAAAACCAUCAAAAAAACCAACAAAAAAAAAAGUAAAUACAACAUCAGCAUAUAAAAUUGGUACCUGUAUCAAUGACGAAGAAAAACUAAACAUCUGUAAAGCAAAACGACCACCUGCAGUACAAGUGACUAAAAUACAAUUUGGAGCAAGAAAGGAUGCUCAGAAUCAAACCUUUUAUUUUGACUCGCUUUGGAACAGAAUGAUGACAUUUAGACUAUUUCAAACAAAAAAAUUUGAACCUUUCAAACGAUUCCAAUUAAUUGAUAUCUCAAUACAUUUACAGAUAGUAACUUAUCAUAACGAAGAUAAAACAAAUACAAUUCGAAUACCAACAAUAGGAGGUAAUACUAUAAUUACUCCUCUUAUAUCAGAAUUAAUAAUCAAAAGUUACAUUGUUGAACUUUGUGAUCGUGAUCUGGCAAAAAAAAAAGAAUUAGGUGUUGACGAUCUAUUGAUCGAUGUCGAUCUUCAAAACAUCCAAUUCAAAAACAACAUAAAACCAAUUAUUUCCACUGAAACUGUGAUUAAUUGUAGUACAUGUACCUUCACAACAGAUGAAAUAAUCAUAUGUUUGGAUCUCAAUAAAAUGGAUGUUUGUCUCAAAAAUGAGGAAAGCGAUACGGAAUCUGCAUUUUUCGAAAAAGGAAAUUACUUGUUUGUAAUGUUUUUAGAUUAUAACGAUUUUAUGUUUAAAACCAAAAAAAUAUCUGGACAAGCUCCCACUGGUUCUUUAGGUGAAAAUCUUAAUCUUGCCACAGGAAAUACUGGAAUUCCAUCAUUUAUAGGGGAUGGAAGUAUCGAAUCAGUAUAG